AUGACUUCAGAUGGCCACAGCUCUACAACUCCUGAAGAACAUGGGAACGUACACACGGACACAGCCAGACAACAUCGAUGGUGGACCACGAACCAGCCAAUGAAGAUAAAACUGAUCGACUUCGGCUUGGCCUGUCACGUCUCUGAGUCAGAUUGGGGCAUAUCCGCCUCCCCGCUCGCUUACAGGGCUCCAGAGAACAUCCUGGGAUUUCCCGUCACUCCAGCCCUCGACAUGUGGGCUUUGGGCUGCGUUGCGGCGGAGCUAUUCACGGGCAAUUUGCUGUACCUUGGACACAGCGAAUACGCCAUGCUUCGAUAUAUGGUGCAGAGUCAGGGCCAACUACCGCAGCGGCUCCUCAAAGAUGGGAUCAACCAAAGUGAAGCUAGUUUGUCACCUGUCGGACGAGGGACCCAAGGCAGAAUCGAAGACCGGGAGAACUUUGUAAUCUGCUGA